AUGCAUUAUGAGGUGAUCGGUACAGCGAUUGCCAUUAAUCUGCUUAGCAGCGGCCGAGUACCGCUCUGGGCUGGUGUAAUUAUCACAAUUGCAGAUACUUUUACCUUCCUCUUCCUUGAUAAAUAUGGCCUACGGAAAUUGGAAGCCUUCUUCGCCUUUCUCAUCGGCAUUAUGACUGUCACAUUUGGCUAUGAGACCACAGCUUCGACCUCGCCUGAACUAGUCUCUUCUGCAGCCCAGCGAGACUUGAACUCGGUUUAUGGUUCGAGUCCCGCUGAGGGUAUAGAUGAGACCUAUCCUGGCGAAGUCGAAUUCGGUCUGGAUGAGAAUACAUUUUAG